ACAUGGAAUGGAUAAUAUCCACGAACCGACCCAACAUAUCAAAAACCGAAAUGCUCACUAUUUUUUAUAUUUAAGUUUUUAACCGAUAUUAAAAAAAUUAAAAAAAAAAAAAAAAAACUCUCCCAUAAUCCUUCAAACGAACGAUGGCCACCGAACCUGAAACCCGUAAUUGGCUGGAACUGCCCUUGGACGUGACGGCUUCGAAUCUCUCUCGGUUGGGAGCAUUUGAGAUCGUGUGCUCUCAGUGGCGAAAGAUCUGCAAAGAGCCUUUGUGGAGAUCUAUUGAUAUGCGCAAUUUGGGUGAGGGAUGCAGAAGAUUCCACUCAGGUUCUGAUGAAGAGGCACUAGCUAUUGCACAAACUAUGCCCGGAUUAUGCCACCUCCAGCUUUUCGGAAACAAGCUAACAAAUGAUGGCUUGCUGGCCAUUCUCGACGGUUGUCCUCACCUUGAAUCCCUUGACAUGCAUCAGUGUUUCAAUGUUAUUCUGGGAGGGAACUUGGAGAAAAGAUGUGUUGAACACAUAAAAUAUUUGCGGCGUCCUUAUGAUUCAACUCAUGGUUAUGAGUUUGAUGCAGAAGUUCAUGACACUGGGUCAUCAGAUGAAGAUUACCCGUCUGGAAUUUCUGCCAUUGACAUGAUGUCUAGUUAUGAUUACCUGGAAUUCGCAGGGGCCGAUGACUUAUCUAUUAUGAUGAUGAAUACUUGUUUUUUGGCUAACGGUUAUGAAGUAGAGACUACUCCAUCCAGACUAGAAAACCAGGUUAAUAGGAUGAGGAUAAGAUGGAGCUGCAAAUUCAGUGAUGCUAUUGCUGGCUCAACAGGAUGCUCACGAGCAUCAAAUCUCUCGUCCUUUUUUUUUUUUGGAAGGUUGACUUCUACUGAUUUGUCUGUUGCCAACUGUUUGAGAGGCUUCAUACGUUCAUGAUUCCUCAAGAAAACAGCUAUCUUUGUUGGAGGGGCCUUUGUUAUACCUUUUGUUCGGUAUACUCAUCUAUCUAUAAAUAGCAGCUAAUAUAUCUUUUAGAAUCAUGUGCUGCAAGUUUAUGAUUGUCUCUAGUUGCUUAAUAGCCCAAGUUUAUGUGGUUCGUCUAAUUUGCUCGUUUCAUAUUUUAUCUAGCGUGCGGAAGAAACAUUCCUUUUGAGCUUUGUCUGUUUUCUUGAAUGAAAGUGCAUAUUCUCACACAUUGGGGUAUGUAGUAUUCUAUACAUUUAAUUAUUACAAGUAUUUGCCAUUAGGCUUGUUGGUCUGGCCCUGAACUUUCAUGAGUUGGGUACUUGGGCUUAACCCAGAUGAUUGGCAUUAAAACUUGAAUCUUGAAGGUCAUUUUAAACCCAAACUUUGGGGGUUGGAGGGGGAAUAUUCACUAAUAAGAUUUCAACUGAGUCUCUCUCUCUCUCUCUCUCUCGUUUCAGAAACGUUCAAUGACAGCUGGGAUUCACCCAGCUCGUGAAAAUAUUUGACGCUUCAUUUAAAAUAUUGUUCUCCCGUUAGUACUAGUCCUUUUUAGUUAUUACUAUUUGUGUAUGAAAGUUUGCUGAUGUAAAUAUACGAUUUAUUGAGCACUUAUAAUUUCUGAAUUAGAUAAAUAAGAGUAGUAAGAGUGAUAAACGAGCGCACGUAAAGGAAGAAGCUGACACGACAUGACAUGGGGUGUACGCAGCAGCAUGAGGCAGGGGAAGCCUGCCUGCAUUUCUUUUGCAUUUUAUUAUUAUGGGAGUAAAUAAUGACUGAUCCAAUAUUCUAAG